AUGGACGAAAUCGGGCUUGCCGAACUCCGCGCGUUGGGCGAGCAGAAGGACGAGACAAGAGGAAAGUGGUACACUAUUGCGGCUGUUGCCGUCGCUGCCGCAGGAGGAGGUGGCAAUGUAGUCAAUAUUUACGAGAUGGCAACGGCUGGAUUGGGCGUCGAAGACGAGAAACAGGUCCAGCGACGUCUGAAAGAGGCGAUCCUCAAGACAAGCAUUCUCUAUGGAAUACCAAAGUCGCUGCAGGCACUUCUCCCGUUAUUUGCGACCCUCGACGACGAUCGAAUUGACCAUUACGGGCCUCGGUAUUUCAAGAACCCAGUCACUUUGGGAGCAAACUACUCACUGCAGCGAAUAAAUAGGACGGAAAAAAUGAAUAGCAAGGAGCCUCUCUCUGUUCGGCAGGACCGUGCUCGAGCAUACUUUGACACACUCUGGACUCCGGCUGCAGCACAGGCGAAUCGAGAAAAAAACUUCAAGUACCAGCCCGACCUCUACCUGCUGAACCUCGAGAUGAUAUAUGAGCUCUGGAUCAGCGAGACAGACAUUCUGGACCCAGUGGAAACGCAAUGCUGUAAUGCGGUCGCCUUGAUCUGCUCUGGAUCCCCGGUGCAGGCAAUGUGGCACACAAGGGGAAUCGUGCGCCAUGGAGGGACGCUAGAGGUGGCAAAGUUUGCGCAGGGUAUUGGCCUCGCAGUAGCCAAGGCGUACGGACUUGACACUCAGAAUGUGGUCAAAGUUGAUGAUAUCCCCUUUGAUGACACAACACCACAUUGA